ACUUCUGUUUGUGUGUAUAAAAAGGGUGAUGCAGCUCAGGUUUUGCUACAUCUCCUCUUAACUGCAUUCAGGUUACCAUUAAAUUUAAGGAGGAUCAGCAAAUAUGCAAACAGUUGCUGUUGUACUUUGUUCAGUGUUCCUCAUUUUGCAUGUAAUCUGUAUGCAUGCAAAGGCAUCAGAAUGUAUGUCUAUUGAUAAUCUUUUCCCUCUACGACUUCGGGAGCUGCGCAAGCACUUUGAUGACAUUAAGGACCACUUUCAAGGCAAUGAUCAUGAUCAUGACAUUCUGCUAUUAGAUGAAGAGCUGCUAACAGGAUUGAAGGGUCACAAUGGGUGUAACUUAAUGACUGAUGUAAUUAACUUCUAUCUCAUGGAUAUUCUUCCACAUGUAAAUAAUGAGGACAAAACCAUUAACAAAAAAAUCAGCUUUAUAGAAAACAUUCUGCAUGGAAUUAAGGAAACGAUGCACCGCUGUCAUAACUUCUUCUUUUGUGACAAAAAGAGUAAAGUCAUGAUGCAGAUAAAAGACACAUUCAAGAAGUUGCAGGAAAAAGGUAUCAUCAAAGCAGUUGGUGAACUGGACAUUUUCUUUGACUACAUAGAGGAAUAUGUAAACUCCAGAAAGAAGAUAUGAAACUGUGGAUGCACAACAGACCAUUAAUGGAGCAAUGCACAAAGACCUCAAAUACUUUAAAGCUAAUACUACUAAGCACAAACAUACCUCUUUAGAAAUGUAUAAAUAUAUAUUUUUUUAAUUUAUAUAUUAUGUGUAUUUUCAAUGGUAUUUAAAAUAUGCACUGUGGAAGUAUGUAAAUUGUUUUGUCGAAUUUACUGUAAUUCUAGUUCAGGUAAUGUUCACUGUGUGUAAAUGUGUAUUAAUAACUGGAGAAUAUUCUGCUUUAAUCUAUUUACAUAACUAUGUAUGUUUAUGGGUUCAUGUUUGCAUACAUAUAUUGAGCUAGACAAGCGCAGGAAGGUAAGACUUAAGUUUGACUUGUAUUCUGCCAAUUGCCAAUACUUAUGCCUCCUCUUUAAUGGGAAAUACCUUUACAAAGAAAAUAUUUUUUGUAUUAAAAUUAAUUCCAUUCAUGCAACUGAAAUUUCAUAUCAACUGAUUACCAGUUGCAGUACUUCUGAUAGUUAGAACUGCCAGUUUUCAAUUUUGGUAAAGAAUCAUUUCAGUGUACUUAUAAAAGUUUCAGUAUAAAACAAAGUUAGAAAAAUAAGUAUUAUCUUAAGUUUCUAUUUAAUGAUUCUGGGUACAUAAAAUAUCAUGGAACAAUCAAGGCAUAUAGCUUUAUGGAUAUAACUAAUGCUUGUACAACUUGAAGGAUAAUCAGGAAUUAGAUUUUCUCUGCAUCUCAGUGCAUAAACAAAUUGAUAACUCAGGGAUGACUGUAUCUGCUUCAUAUUCAAUGUGUUGAGAUAUUUUUUCUAAAAUCGUAAGGUGUCAGAAAGAGCAAAGCAUGUUUUUAUGACAAACCUGCACUAUCGUUUUAUGUAACCAAAAUUUCUUUCACAUCUGUUGAGACAUCACUGCCAAAACAAUCCCUUUAAAACAGCACAGCAUUAUCAGAUAUAGAGCGAUUUUGUAUAGUAUUAUUCAUCACCAGCCGUCACUUUACAAUGGAGUAAAAUAAAUACCUAUAGCUUGGUAUAGCACUGUUCAACCCCAGAGAGUGAGAGCUUUAAUUUUAUAGGAAAAAUAAACUGACUUGCACUAGUCUUGCUUGUUGCUGUUUAUAAAUAUGAAAGUGUAGAAUUACCAUGUAGUCCUGGGCACUGUUUUGGAGUGCUGGAGCUAUGUUAAUUUGUUAUUGUUCUAAUAGAACAAGGAAAUAUUGCAGCCUUUUUGCUGUUAUCUAAUUUGAUACUGAUAGCAACAACAUGAUGAAUUUAUUGGAUUAGAUUUUCCCACCGUUUUAAGUGGAUUUAUAAUUAGAUUUAAGACCCAAUACAGGGUAGAUCAAAGAUGAAAUAUCCAUGUUAUUAAAUAACACGAAUCGUGUUGCAUUCUUAAAUGGUGAUAGCUUAAGUCCAUACUUGUCAAAGUAAGGACAUAUCUAAACUGUAUUUAAAAAAGGAUAGAAUAAAUUUAUGUUCAUUGUGUUUUCAAAACUGUAAGAAAAUAUACCUCAGUGUGAGAAGUCAAGUAAAAUGUGUAAC